AUGACUAAUGAAAACUGGACACGAAUACAUGUUCAUUUACCACCAUCAACAAUAAAUAUCGCAUCAUUCCAAAGAAACACAAACGUUCAAAAUGGCAAAAAACUAAGAAGAAACAACUUACCUGGAAUGCCCAAAAUCUUAGAAGAAUGGAAUACGCAUCUCGUGGAAUAUUGGACUGCAUUAAAUGGAAAAGAAAAACAGGAAGCUAAAAAAGAAAGUAUUAGUAAAAGUAAAAAUAAUAAUUCAUACAAAAUGACCAAAAAUAGAACUAAUACUGCAAUCUACGAUUAUGUGAUACGAAUUCGUAAAUUCAUUAAUCAAUACUGGAAUUCAGGAGAAGUCACACAACAUGUGGAAAUUCACACAUUG